GAAAUAAAGCGGUUCAAGGUUUCUUGGAGUCACGGAGCUCUGUCGGGAUCCGGGCGCAGCUUACGUGACAGCCGGCUCCGGUUAGAUAAGCCCGACAUUUCCGAGCCGACCUCUGGGGCUCCAUGGUCGCCUCCUCUCGGCUUCGGCUGCUGUGGCGACACUUUGCGGGCAGCGGGAUGGGAGAGAUGGCCUCGAAGGUGGAGAUGCCGACCCCGGAGACAGCGCUUCCCGGCCGGCCUGAAGGCAUCCGAGUGUCCGAGCAGCCUGGAGCAUCGCUGCAUUUGGAGGUUAGCCAGCUUGCCAGCAUGCUGAUGUGGCCAAAAGUGGACAACGGACUCGUUUUUCUGGUAAACUCCCGUCCGAGCGGCAGGAGAACGUCCAGGAUGUGGCGAGAGCCCGUUAUAAAACAUCACGUGAACGGAAACCGGACAGUUCCUCCUUUCCCAGAUGGAACAGAGACCGUCAUGUUUGGUAUGGGCUGCUUCUGGGGGGCGGAGAGGAAGUUCUGGAGACAGAAGGAGGUUUACUCCACUCAGGUGGGCUACGCUGGGGGGUUCACCCAGAAUCCCACCUACAGGGAGGUGUGCACAGGGAGAACUGGACACACUGAGGUGGUGCGAGUCGUCUACGAUCCGCAGAAGGUCAGCUUCGCCAGACUCCUCAAGGUCUUCUGGGAAAGCCACGACCCGACGCAAGGGAUGCGUCAGGGGAACGAUGUCGGCACCACGUAUCGCUCUGCCAUCUUCACCUCCACUCAGCAGCAGCUGGACGAAGCCCUGUCCUCCAGAGACCAGUACCAGAAGCUGCUCUCGGACGGAGGCUUCGGUCCGAUCACCACUCAGAUCGGUUCCGGUCAGACGUUCUACUACGCCGAGGAUUACCACCAGCAGUACCUCAGUAAAGACCCUGAAGGCUACUGCGGCCUGCGGGGGACGGGGGUGUCCUGUCCAAUCGGACGCAAGGAGACGGGCUGAGCGGCCAAUCAGAGAGGAGAGAGACACGCAGACUUCAGCCUCUUCAAGAGCGUGAAAAAAAACACAAAGAAUUUAUUUGAAACAUUUUUUUGAUGCUUUUAAAGUUCCUCAGAAAUUCAUUAAAAGACAAUAAGAAGGAAGAUUUCUACUGGAGUGAU